AUGUUAGAUAGAUCGAUUGACACUACCGAUAUUAGAGAUGUUACAUGCUAUGUUUUGGAAAAGUUGUUUAUUAGAUUUUCCAUAAACCCUCGACUUCCAUGGGUUCUGGUACCAGAUGAGUUCAGAGGUCCACUAGUGAUUGUUAUAAGACAUGAAACUCCAUUUUAUGAUCUCAGCAAAGAAGAAGAUAAAGAAGAAAGAAAACCUCUUCCAUUCAAAUAUGCAAAUAUUGAACCUGGUGCACUUUUGUUAACAGAUAAUCUUGACUUUGUUAGGGAGAAAGUAUAUGAAGUUUAUUAUGAUGCACUCAAUUCAUUUUUGCUAGCAGACUUUGAUAAGGAAGAAGAACAUGAAGUUUAUUAUGAUGCAACCACUUCACUUUUGUUAACAUGUAAUCCUGACUUUGAUAUAGAGGAAGAACAUGAAGUUUAUCAUGAUGCCCCCGAAUCAUUCGAUGAUGAUUCAUUCUAUGAAGGAAAGCUUACACUAGAAGACACUGACCUUAUCGAAGAUGUAUACAAAACCAUACCAGAUUUCUUUUAUCUACAUCUAGACAAUAUAAGUAUAGCUUCCAAGUCAUCCUAUGUUUGUACUAAUUUCAGAUUUGAAUUUUAUCUUGGGAAUCAUCCAGAUGAUGAAUAUUUGAUUAGAAAACAUUGUAAAUUUCUUCAUGAAUUCCAAUUACAAUAUCGAAAUUUUAAUAUUACUACUGUUAUUUACGUUGGACUUCCUUAUUCUAGUUCAUUAAUGAGAGAACUUGAAGUUAUUCAGGAAAAUGCACAAUCAAUAUAUGGUCCUGGUGACAUCUCUAGACAAUUUAAGAUUGUUACUGUUAUGCUUAACCCAAAAUUAAAGAAUAAUCACUUUAUUAGUCAAUACCUUGAGGAAGAAAUUACUGAAUGGAUUGAAAAUCUUGAAUGA